AUGGAUGAUGCCCUCGGGAAGCGAGAUGAUGUGGUCGACAUUUCUUCACUCACCCGAUGGAAUUUUACCAAACUACUAGAACAUCCCAAAGAGUCAUCAGCAGAUCACGAAAGUUCUCCCUUUCCCUGGAGAAAUGACCUAAAUUCUAAGAUUGCACUGUGGUAUGGAGACAUCACCAAGCUGAACGUUCAUGCCAUCACCCACUCCACCAAUGAACACAUGAAUGACAGAAACCCACUCAGUGAUCACCUCUACAAGGAGGGCGGACCAGAUCUCCUUAAAGAGGUGCAGGAGAAAUUGACAACCUGCAGGACAGGGGAGGUCAAACUCAGCAAAGGCUAUAAUUUGCCAGCUCGCUACGUUCUCCACACGGUGGGGCCUCGCUACAACAUCAAGUAUGUGACAGCAGCAGAAGGUGCACUCUUCAGUUGUUAUAGAAACAUCUUGCAAAUCUGCAGGGAGUUGGAAAUCCGUACGCUGGGGCUCGGUGCAGUUCAUACAUUGAGACGAAGCUAUCCUCCAGAAAAGGGAGCCCAUAUAGCAAUACGUACUGUACGACGCUUUUUAGAGAAAUUUCCAGAAUCAUUUGAUCUCAUCAUAUUUGCUUGCAACGAUGAAAAUAUUGAAGUUUAUCGCCAGAUUUUACCAUUAUACUUUCCACGCAACUCGAGUGAGGAAGACGAGGCAUUUGAUUUUUUACCUAGUGACAUUGGGAAUGAGGAUGGUGAACCAGUCAUUAAAGAACGACAGAUUAGAAUUAUUGACAAGCCAUUGAGUCGAGGAGGUGAUGACAUUGAUCAGACGACUGACCUGAACAAAGAGUUUGCCCAGUCAAUGGCUAUCGAUGUUGGGCAUCACCCUUUUGCCAAUAUGGAGGAGGAUCCUGAUAAGUUAAAGGCCACUAAAAUGUUGCAGACGGCGGCCAUUGAACAAAAGAAUUUAGAAACCAGGAGAAGGUAUGAAGGUUUGCUUAAAAAAGCCAAAAAUGCAGAUUUGACAGAAAUAGCUGGUCUUCAUUGUCUGUAUCGAGCUGGGGUGGACAGGCUGGGGCGUCCAAUCGUUGUAUUUGUAGGCAGGAAUUACCCAGCACUCACCACCAACCCAGAAAAAAUCCUCUUGUACCUGAUCCGAGUCAUGGACCCUGUCGUGGAGAGUGACUACGUUGUUGUCUACUUCCACACACAGACAACUGAUCAGAAUCAUCCUGCCAUGGCGUACCUGAAGAUGGCCUACAGUUUACUGGACCAAAG